CCUUCAAAAGUAUAUGAACGAGGGAGAAACAGUUGAUGAACUCCACCGUGAUAAAGGGAUUAAUCCUCUUCUUACCCACCUAGUUUGGCAACAGUUAGAAGACAACAACCAGAUCUUCUUUAAAGAAUAUUAUUUGAGACUAAUACUGAUGGAGCAAUGCAUGGAGUUCAACAAACUCACUGCCGCAGUAAUUGAGGCCAAAGCUCAAAAUGCAUCCAAUGUUGCUCAACAAACACCAGCCUUAGUAACACCGGGUAAUGCACUAUGCAAUGGAGGGACUUGGGGUUCUUUAAUGGAAAAUGGGAAUGGUUUCAAUGGAAUCCCAUCAAGCCAGAAUGGAAACAUGCAAGUGUGUCAAGGAAUGAAUGGCAUGGACCAAAUUUCAUUUAGUGCUGGUGCACCACCCUUGGGUUUUCCUGCACAUGAAUAUGGGUUUAUAAAUCAGGCUCCUCCAAAUUACAGUAAGUUUAAUGUUAGGCCACAAGGAAUUUCAGUUGCACCAUAUUCAACCUCCAACAACUUGGGAUUGAUGGAACAACAACAAUUCAAUAUGCCAACAACAGUUGAUGGUUUUUUGGGCCAACCUCAUUCUUUUGAUCAGUUCUUCAGUUGGCAAGCAGUCAAUGGUGUACCUGGGAAUGAAGCCAAAGCCUCAAAUCAUGCUUCUGGGGUGCAAAAUUUCAGUAAUAACGGUGUUGAUAUUCCAUCAUCAUCUCAGUAUUUCAUGCAGUGAUCUCCUCUUUGGGAUUCUUUAAAGGAAAAAAAUAUUGCUGUUUGUACAA